AUGAAGAAUGUGACCAAGAGUAAAACGCAGAAGUCCUUAAGGAAAUUUCCAGAUGAUUUCUUCUUUGGUGCUGCUACCUCGUCCUACCAAAUAGAAGGAGCGUGGAAUGAAGGAGGAAAAGGCUGGUCGAUGUGGGAUCAUUUAGUACGCACUGAUCCUGGUCACAUUAGGGAUGGAACAAACGGCGACGUUGCUGCUAAUUCAUACCAUUUCUACGAAAAAGAUGUCGCCAUCCUAAAAGAGUUGGGAGUUAAUGUCUAUAGAUUUUCAGUAUCUUGGCCUAGAAUACUACCUUACGGUCGCGCUGACUACGUUAACCCAGAAGGAAUUGCAUAUUACAACAAAUUAAUCGAUCUUUUGCUUGCUAACAAUAUCACGCCUUUUUUAACUAUAUACCAUUGGGAAUUGCCCCAAAAUUUGAAUGAACAAGGGGGUUGGUUAAAUGAAGACAUUGCGGGCUGGUUCGGUGACUAUGCCCGAGUUUUGUACCAAAAUUUCGGUGACAGAGUAAAGCUCUGGCUUACAAUCAAUGAACCUUACGUACAUUGCCUCCUUGGCUAUGGAAGUGUCAACCACGCGCCUAGAUUGAGAUCUCCUGGUAUCAAGUACUAUGAAUGUGGUCGAAAUAUACUUCUCGCUCAUGCGCGAGCGUACCACAUUUACGACAAUGAAUUCAGACAUCAGGGUGGAAGGGUUGGUAUGGCUUUGGACGCAGAAAUGAGUAUGCCAAGCAGCAAUUCACCAGACGACAUUCAAGCAGCUGAAGACUCCAUGAUGUUCCGUCUUGGCCAAUACGCCCACCCAGUUCUCACGGAAGCCGGUAACUACCCGCAAAGAUUUAUCGACCUCAUCGCUGAGGCGAGCGCUAGACAGGGUCUCUCGGAAUCCCGCCUACGCAGUUUCUCUCAAGAACAAAUCGAUUACAUGAAGGGCACGUCAGAUUUCUUGGCAAUAAACCAUUACUCGAGUAAUUAUGCGUACAGAAACGCAUCAGUAGUCAACAUGCAUGAAGUGCCGUCUAUGAUGGAUGACAUGCAAGUAGGCAGCUAUAUGGACCCAUCGUGGCCGACUGUUUCGUGGAUUGGUACUUACGGUCCCGGUUUACGCAAGCUACUGGUAUACAUCAAAGAUACGUACAACAACCCAACUAUUUACAUAACAGAAAAUGGCUUUGCAUCAAGCACUGGCUUGAAUGACGAUGGUCGGGUAAAUUACUUUAGGCAAUAUCUAACUGCCGUUCUGGAUGCGAUUGAUGAUGGAGUCAAUGUUAAAGGAUAUUGUGCCUGGAGUCUCAUGGACAACUUUGAAUGGGAUUGGGGCUACAUGUAA